GACAAGUAGCUGUGCGUGCUUUAUCUUAGCUUAUUAAUAUAGUUGAUUCUUAAAGAAUAGUUAUACAAAGGUUGGGUUAGUUAUAUUUCAUCAUGAUAGCAAUUCAGAGAAUUGCUUGGUCUUCUAGUACUAGCAUCUAUCCACGUAUUUUAUGAUCCAGUACUAUUAAUUGUCUAGUUGAUCGCUGAGGUCUUUCAAAAUGAUACUGAUGAGGUUUUUGUAAUCUGUAGGAUGCAUGCAGCAGGCACACAAGUAAUAGGAUUGUUGAUACCUCCAUGUUAUGGAUUUUUAUUUCGGAGUAGCAGCAGGGGGAGCUGCGUUUGUGAUCGAGGAGCCGGAGCUACGGACGAUGGACUUUUUCUUAAGGAUAGGACAGCGCUGGGCUCAUUAGUAGUAACUUGUCAUGGCGUAUUUUGCGUAUUUUUUCCAUGUAACUGAAACAAAGGGAUGAGAAUACGCAAGGGUGGGCACUUUUUUUCACGGGCGACGAUAUUGAAUAAUGGAUCUAAUCGUGAAGACUGAAGCGGCCGACAGUUCCGUGUGGGAUUGCGAUCAGCAGAAGUUCUGACGUAUCAAAAGCUCUUGUCUGACGAAAACAGCUGGUAAUAAAUCCAAGCCUUCGGAUGACGCAGCAUACACGAAUGGAUGGCGAUGCAGUCGCUGUCGUCGUUGAUUCUUACUAUGAGCCUUCGUCUGUUGAUGUGCUUGGUCGACCACCUAGUAGGGAGGGCUGUAGGAUGGUCGUCAUAUCGCCAGAGCGUCUCCAUAUUACUUUGUGCUACUAUGUCAUUCCAAUAUCAGUGCGUGAGACUUAUUGACGUCACUACAGCAUGUUUCUUGGUCAUUAUAGACGAUGAUCAGUAAAUCAUCUACUCAGGAACUAACUUUGCAGAGGACAUGGCGACUCUUGUGCUACCUAAUGGCACACAUUGAAAGGCGCACGGUAUGAGCGUGUAUAUGUGCAAUGUAGUGCUUGUAGUCUGUAGUGUGUAUAUACACUAUCAGGGUUGGCAGGCACAUGCCAUGACGAAAUUGAAAAAGCAUAAAACUGAACCGUACCAUUUUGGGCUUGAGUUUUGCGCUGUCAAUCUAGUUGGUUACCAUUCUCAAGAUGCACGAUAAGGAGG